AUGGGCAUUGAUAUCCCGAGUCUGAAGCUCGCCGUCGACAACGCCCAUGUACUCCUCGAUUCAGUGACAUCACGACUUCUGCUUCAGCACUGCUUCAACCAUGGAAAGCUCACAUCCUUACGUCGUGAUUCUGCCAUUUGUGGCAAUGAAAUGGUCUAUAUAAACCCCCUCCUCGACUGGAAUCCUCCUUCUCUUCUUUUCAUCUCAACAUCUCCUCCAAAGCAAGCAAAUCCGCUGAAAACACCGCCAAAAGAGCCCUUCUUCACCUCGUCUCUUGCAAACACCACUGCCAGCGGCACUCAUCUGUCCUACCAAAGGACAUAUAUUUAUAUUUAUAUAUAUAUUAAAAAACACCAGGAGCAGGUAGCCAAAAUGCCUGCUCAAAACAACAACACCAACAACACCAACAACAACGACGCCGGCAACAACAACGCCGGCAACACCAACGCCGGCAACACCAACGCCGGCAACGACAAUACCGGCAACAACGGCCUGGGCAACGCCCGCCGUUUCAUCCUCACCCUGUCGCGAAUCGACAGGGUGAUAAUCUACGACACCCGGACUGGAGCCAUCACCCAAACGGCUCUCAGUGCCCGACGCCGACUCCGCCCCCGCAACGUCACCACACCGUUGCGCAACAACAACAAGGGGCGUGACAACAAGGAGGAGAAGGAGAAAAAGAAGAAGACCUAA